UUUUCAUGAGGUGAUGCAUCAUCUCACAGUCUCAUGAGUCAAAAAGUGACCUUUUGUUUCAUAUAAUGCUGUCCUGUUGGUUGUAACGCUACAAUUGUGUGUAGCUACACAGUUUUUUUUCUUGUUACAGCCAACACCUUACAAAGAAUGUGCUCCGCCUCUCGGCACAAGAUCCCUUCCCCCCUCCCGUUCUCUCUGUCUCUCUCUGUUCCUCUUUUCUGUGUUGUGUGUGCUUUUGAGCUAGUUGGGAACUAGGCAUGCUCCUGUUUUUUCGCGCUCACUACUAAUCAAGGCCUACUCCUGAAGACUACACCUCAAGGAUCCUCAUGCGACUGGCUUCCAAAUCCGUGAACAGGAAAGUACAAGAAAUCACAGAAGCCUGGUGAAAAUGGAAGUAGCUGUACCAGAGGAACCUCAGAAGAAAAUCUUUCGUGCACGGAAAACGAUGAAGAUGAGCGACCGGCAGCAACUGGAAGCUCUGCACACCACCCUGACAACCACCUCCUCCUGCUCCGCCUCUUACUCAUCUUCCUCCUCACGACCUCAGACACCACUGGUGAAUGGCGCCCACACCAAGAAAGAGGAAGUCCAGGAGAAAGACUUGAAUCAUAAAGAGACCGAAUUGAUGUCACCUGCCCCUGAUUCUGCUCGCUGUUCCCCUACUCCAUCUUUCACCCUCUCUCGAUCCCCUUCUCCACCCAACACACAAACUACCUCGCCUUCUAUGGAUAUUGACGACCCCCUUGUGGCCGCAGAAGAGAAAAAGGAGACAAGCAAUAAAAGUUCCUCUUCUUCUCUUUCUGCUUCCCCCUCGGGGUUGAAUUGUGAUCCAGAGGUUAAAGAAGGAUUUCUGUGCUUAAGCGAAGAGGAUGAAAUCCAAGCAGACAAAGAUGAAAACAAAGACAGUAGUGAGGAGACGAUGAAUGAAGAUGAUGAGAAAGAGGACCGAAAAGACAAAAAAGGCACUUCUGAGAAAGCAGGAGCAGACAGCAGUUCUCCUGCUGGUACUAAGAGAUCAUUGUCUGACGUGAACGAUGAAGAUGAUAAAGAAGUCAAGGAGGAGAGAGAUGAAAAACGAGCAAGGCUGGGGGGUGAGGAGCUGGAGGCUCAGCUAGAGCUGAAAAUCACAGCCAGUGCUGGGAGCCGCCAUAAACUGGAGAAGAUGGUACAGCAGUUAGUUGAGGAACGGUUACGGGUGUUGCAGUUGACUGUGUUUGACCGAAGUAUAAAAGAGCUGAAAGAGAGAGUGGAGAAGAUUGACAAUGCAACCAAACAACAGAAUACGAUGCAGCAUUUUAACACACUACAGGCCAAGAUUUCCCGGCUGGCAAAAAAGUUUGGUGCUGCUAAUCAGGCUUCAGAGAACUCGAAGAGAACUCAAGAGGCUCUUGCUGCCUCCACUGCUGCUCAGGCCAACAAUGCAACCAACAGGACUACCCCGCAACGUACUGUUAAAACCACAGUGGAUUCCAAACUGUCCAGUCCACCCACUGGUUCUAAUGCAACUGCAAGCCCAGCCCAACCCAAACCUCUGUCCACACCGACUACACCAACCUCCUCCGCAUUAGCUUCUCCUGCACCCAUUCUACAGAUCAUCUCCACAACUACCAGCUCCACUCCCUCCUCCACCUCUUUGCCUGGCCAGUCUCAGACAGGCACCCUACUACUUAAGACUGGACCCAGUACAGGGGUCAUGACUAGCACCCCAGCAACAUCAGGGGGUCAGUCAGUGUCUAUUCAGCCCCUUUUGAUUCAGCUGCCUUUAGCGAUGGCAAAUGGGCAAAGUGGGGCAUUGGUUAGUACUGCUGGCGGUGUCAGUUUAAUACCGGUGUCGUCUAUAUCUACGGUUAGUAGCAACAAUAAAGCAAAGACGACUACACCUACCACCACCUUCAUCCUUCAAAAGCCAGCAGGCAGUAUUGUUUCAUCUUCCUCGACCUCGUCGGUUCCGGUGGUGUCCUUAGCCAGAGCUGUGUAUCCGGGUGGCACAGGGACUGUCAGUUCACCCAGCACAGGGAUAUCUGUGACAACAGCCCGAACACCUACGCAGUGUGCUGCUGUGGUGGGAGUGUCUACAGCGGCCUCUUCUCCAGGAACCACAGGACCGGCGGCGACAGGAUCAGCCGCAGCUGCAGCUGGUCCACCAUUGGCCUCCGCACUGGCCUCAAAGACAGAUAAUCAGGCGAAAACACCCUCUCAGACUGGGCGUCCCAAAGGUUCUGUCAUAGAUCUGACUGAAGAUGAUGACGAUGUUCAAGUGACAGGAGUCCAGAAAGCCACUGUUUCCCCCAUCACUACCCAGCGUGCAUCUGGGCCUCCUCCUUUAGUCAGCUCUACCACUAAUGCCGGAGCUCGAUCAGCACAACGUUCCUCUGUGGAUACUCCAUCCCGUCCAAGCUCCUCUUCCUCCACCACUCUUCCACCAUUACCACUGGCUCCAUCGCCACCGGCACGUCUCCCACCUGAGGCCGCCCACACGUCCCCUCCGCAGCAACCCCAACUUAAACUGGCCCGCGUCCAGAGCCAAAACGGGAUCGUCCUAUCCUGGUGUGUUGCAGAAACUGACCGCAACUGUGCCGCUGUAGACACCUAUCACCUGUACGCCUAUCACCAGGACCACCAGGGGGCGGCAUCGGGCACUGGAGCUUCGGCUCAGUCACUGUGGAAGAAGAUCGGGGAGGUGAAGGCGCUGCCGCUGCCCAUGGCGUGCACCUUGACCCAGUUUGUCUCGGGAUCCACAUAUUAUUUUGCCGUCAGGGCCAAAGAUGUGUAUGGACGCUUCGGUCCUUUCUGUGAACCGCAGUGCACUGAUGUCAUUAACCCAGCAUCCUCUACGUCAUCCUAAGAUAACUGCAAACAAGGAUAGGAUCUGGCCGACGAAAUUAUGACGGGAGAUUUGAAACCGUUACAAAAUGAACUAUGCGCAGACCACUGGUUUAGUCUUGCUCUUUGUGUUAGAAAAUGUAGGGAAUUCAAAUAAGUUGUCUAAUGCAAACGGAAAUACAAAUGAUCAUCAGUGCAUACAGACACACACACUAUUUGUUUCAACUUUAUUUUACAAUGAGGAGGGAACUAUCAGGCUUGCGUUGUGCUUGAAAUUGUAUUUUCCUUGUGCAAAAUGUUCAGAGUUAAGUAUUGUUUCUGAAUUUUUUUUUCUCUUUUUUUAAUUAUUAUUUUUUAAUAAAAUGAUAUUCAAUACGUUGCACAGAUGUUCCAGUAUAGGUCCCGGUCAUUAGCAACAGGACAGGAAAGCUGAGGUGUUAAAGGUUUUGAAUUUUUUUUUUUUUUUUGUCUGGUACCCAGACACUCCAAAAUGACACUCAAUAAAAGUAUUGAUAUAUUUAA